CUGCGGGUGUUUUUUGGCACUUCCACUCCAUGGUGCUAUCAAGCGUGAAAGACACAGCAGAGAUGGAUGAAAUAGACGACAUGUUCAGUCACCUGCUCGGAGAGAUUGAUCAUCUCUCUCAGAGUUUGAUGCCUCCAGAAGCGGAUCCGGCCUCGCUGAGAGAAAACACUUUCUCUAUCGGCUUCACAGACCUGAACGAGUCGCUCAAUGAACUGGACGACCACGAGCUGGACGCUCUGGUGGCUGACCUGGGAUCAAAUUUAAACCUGCCAGAACCCUCCACCUGUCAACAGGCAGAUAAACACAGUGCACCACAUGCCACGACUCAGGGAUCUGAGCCAGCAGCUGCCCGUCCUGCCCCACCAAACACCACCGAAUCCUCCAGGAGCGAACCUCAAACAAAGGCAGACAAAAUUAAACUGGCCCUGGAGAAGCUGAAAGAAGCCAAAGUGAGGAAGCUGAUAGUAAAGGUGCUGAUGAGCGACGGCAGCUCCAAGACUCUGAUGGUGGACGAGAGGCAGUCGGUCCGAGAGGUUCUGGACACGCUGUUUGAGAAGACGCACUGUGACUGCAGCAUCGACUGGAGCCUGUGUGAGACCGACCCUGAGCUGCAGAUCGAGAGAGGCUUUGAGGAUCAUGAAUAUCUAGUGGAGCUGCUGUCUGCUUGGACUCGCCACAGUGAAAACAAAAUCCAUUUUGUGUCCAGACCGCAGAAGUAUGUGAUGUUCAGAGACCCUCAGGUAUUUUACAUGUGGAAAAAGAAGAACGCAUGUUCGAGUGGGAUCAACCAGCACGCCAAAGAGCUGCUGAUCAAGGAACAUUUUGGGGGUUCUGCUCUGAUUGUUCCUGACCUUGAGGGAACGCUGCACCUGAAAGAAGAUGGGAAGAAGGUUUGGAAACCUCGCUACUUCAUGCUCAGGGCCUCGGGCAUCUAUUACGUACCCAAAGGAAAGACAAAGUCGUCCAGUGAUCUCGCCUGCUUCGUCCAUUUUGAGAAAGUCAAUGUCUACACCACCAGCAACUACAAACAGAAAUACAAAGCUCCCACCAACUUCUGCUUCAUGCUAAAGCAUCCCUGCAUCCAGAAAGAGUCUCAUUACAUCAAGUUCCUGUGCUGUGAUGACGAGCACACACUGCAGCUUUGGGUCAACUCCAUCAGAAUAGCCAAGUACGGGACUGUCCUCUAUCAGAACUAUCAGGCUGCAGUACGGAGAGCGUCCACUCUGCAGACCCUCACUUCUGCUGGACACAAAGACAGAUCCAACGGUCACGCCUCUCGGACGAGUCCAUCCAAAGCCACAGACGCUGACGGAUACCCACAUGAGCCUCCGCCCAGCUUCAUCCCUCCUCCUCCUCCUGGACACGCUCAUGUUUGAGACGCUACAGCAGCAGCAUCGGCCUCGAUUCAGCCGAUUUAAUCCAAUAAGAGACAAAGGUUCAGUGUUACAUGUCUGAGAGAAUAUUUUAAAAGUUAUUUAUUCACAAAUCUGUAAUGAUAUUUAUUUGUAUUUCGUUGAGGACGAAUAACUUUGGGUACCAAACACACAGUUUUGUCAUGUGUUUCAAUGAGCUGUUUAUUACAAAAAGACUGUACAUAAAUUUCAAUGAACACAUCCUAUGUACAAACUGAGAGGAGAAGACAAAUAUCAGGUUCUGUUCCCAUGAACAUUUAAGUUACAGAUGUUUUUUUUUUCUUUUUGUUUCUUUUUCAUUUCCAUUUGAUCAUAAGAAAACACACAUCAAAGAAAGGCGCCUUGACCUGUGAUGCCCUGAAAUGCUAGACGUUAAAGUGGUAAACAUUACAAAGUUCUGCGCGUCAGUGGUCGUCGUCUCAUGAUUUUCACUAUGAAAAAAGUAUAAAUAAAUCCUUUUACAUACAAACUGCUAGCGAGCCUUCCUCAGCAGUCUCAGACAUAAAAAGAAUGCAAAGCUAGAAAUACAUUAGGUAGAAAAAGUCGUUUUUCUCUCACAAAAAAAAAAAAAAUCACCUCAUGAUGGAAAAAA